CUGCAUUGAGAAUUCCAUAAACGGUAAGAGAAGAACGGAGGUAAACACAGUCCCAUCUGUCAGUGCAUGGAAACUGUCAUCCUCAGCAUGGCACAUUAUCACUGCUGAUAUGUAACAAGGAUUUUAAAGCUUAGUACAGUCUAUAGCAUACAAGGUUUAAGUUUGAGGCCUUCCUUUGCAGUAAAAUGGCUGGUCAUCGAAGAAGCCUCUCUGACAGCCUGCUGCUUGAUGAAAAUGUAUCUGGAGAGAAGUAUUUUCAUGAAGAAGAUGGAACUGGGGGUGCAAACAUUCACUUCAAUAAGCAAAAGAGGAAUAAAGGUCUUGACCUUUUGAAAUUGAUUGAAAAUGAUAAGGUUCAAGUGUUGAUGAAGUACGGUAUGAAAUCCAGCAUGAGCAUGGACAGUCUGGAUCAGAGUGUCAAAUCUCCAAAUGAGAUGUGGAAAGAUUCUUAUGAAAAGCUCUUCAAUGCCAAAGUCAAGAAAUUCAUGACAGGAAAUCAAGCUAUUCAGGAAAACAAAGAUGGCUUCCAUAAUAGGUCACUGACAGGCCACAGUAAAAGACUUGCCUCAGACCUCAGUAAUUCCCAUUUAAUGGAUUUCCCAGCAGCUGACUGUAAAAGCAAGGUAACUGUUGCAGCAUUCCUCCAGAAUGCAGAUCGUAUGCGACUCACUCCAUAUGCAGCAGAACCUGCUAAUAGAUUUGGGGCAUCAGUGUCCUAUGAUGCCCCCAGUAAAUUCCACUCAGACUUAUUAUUACAAGGACAUGACCUAAUGAGAGUAGAAAAGAUCAAAGCCGACACGGCAAGUGAUGUUGAUAAUGAAAUCAACCUACAUGGAGGGAUGUUUAAAGAUCCAAAAAUAGAUCUUGGAAUCAGUACACCAGAUUCAAAUCUUGCACUGCCAAAUACCAAAGGAGCCCCUGUGAUAAACCUCACAAAAGGCAGUUUCAAAGGCCCAAAAGCGGAGAUUAUUGCCCAUAAUAUUGAUAUGGAUGUACCAUCAAGUAAGUUAAAAAAGACAAAAUUAAAACUGCCCAAGUUUAACUUCCCUGGAUUCAACAAGCCAGACAUUGAUUACAAUGGAAGUAUAAAGGGAUCAAAACUGGAAGUGUCAUCCUCUGAACUAGGUGCAGGGCUAAAUGAUUCUACUAUUCAAGUUGAUGGAACAAAAGCUGAUCUUAAAGGUCAGAAAACAAACCUUACACUUUCAGACAUGGACAUGCCAUCUGGGAAACUGAAAAUGCCCACUUUCAACUUGCCUGAUUUUGGUCUCUCAAGACCCAAAAUAAAGAUGCUUGACAAUGAACUGAAGACUCCUGAAAUGGAUCUGUCAUCUCCAAAGAUUGACACAGACUUCAACUCUCCAGACUUCAACAUCAGAGGUCAUAAGUUAGAUAUCACAGCCCCAGACAUGAAUGUUGACAUCCCUAAAGGUAAAAUUAUAGGACCAAAUUUAAAGAAAUCCAAUCUUGACAUAAAUGCACCAGACCUUGACAUCAAUGCCCCCUCAGGUAAACUAAAGCUGCCCAAAUUGGGCAAACUUCAAGCUUCAAGAAGUAAAGAAAAUUUGGAUAUGACACAUUCAAAUAUGGGAAUGAACCCCAUGCGAGUAUCACCCCAAAUUGUAGAUAAUGCAGGUAAAUAUGGGAGAUCUCCUAAGAUUCCUAAGGGUUAUUACACUACUGAUGAUAUAUGCUAUAAUUGGAAAGGGAUGCCUAGAGGAGAUGGAAGGGGAAACAGGCAAACUGAGUAUGGCCAGACAUCAAGUGGCCAUAGGCAAACGAUAAGAGGACUGCAGUCACAUACAAUGGAUCUGGAGGUUCCAGAAAGCACUUUGAAAGUUUCAAGAAGAUUUAACCCUCUUACACUAAUUGGAUAAUUAAAAGGAAGGCAAAUGAGAGACAAGAAUGAGCUUAUCAUUGGUAAUCAAGUUUACAGGCUGUUAAUUUGUUAGUGGGCAUUAUGUAGCAUGCAGGAUCGCCAAACUAAAUCGCGCAGACUCAAACCCCAGGGCACCCCCGGGCAGUCAAGGGCCCCCUGGUAGUCAAGGGCCCCUGGCCACUGGCCCCAUCCGUCCCUGGUAGCAUGUUUGUAUAAAUCACCUUAAAAAGUGUAAUAUAAAUGUUAAUGAACAGUUACAUUUAUAGAUCAUAUUCCUGUAAAUCAAAUAUAAUCCAAGUAUGAGGUGUUUUUAAAACUAGUAUUUAUUUGUAUGUAUUGUCUAAUGACAACUUUAUGUGGAGCAAGCAUGGUUAAAUUGUACAUUUCAUAUUCACACAUUAUAAAUUAUGUAAAAUGCUGCUGUAUUGUAUAAAUACAAUGUGAAUUAAUUAUAAGUGUGUAAAAAGUGGACCUCUGAAAAGAAAUUAUUUGUUUAGGAAAUUUUUUGCCAUAAAAGUUUGUUACUGUUAUUGCACUUAUUUCAUAACAUUAAUGCAUUAAAUGCUACAUAAGGUAUUAGCUAAUACCUAAUGAAUUGCAAAAGUGAUUUAAAUAAACAGGAAAUUGUACACACUUUAAUAGUUUUUAACAUUUUAAAAACUACUUUUAUAAUAUCUGUUGACACAUUCCCCACCCAUAUG